GGACCUUGGGAACCCGGGGAUUCGAACAUGUCGCGGCCGAAGGGAGUGGCCGGGCGGGAUCCCCGGGCGGGCUUCCGAGCCGAGAGGGCAGACGGCGGGGGUCCCGUGCCCCAGGGACUGUUGAAGGCGGCGAGGAAGAGCGGCCAGUUGAAUCUGUCGGGCCGGAACCUCGGCGAAGUUCCCCCAUGUGUCUGGAGAAUCAACUUGGAUGUCCCCGAGGAGGCAAAGCAGAACCUGUCCUUCAGCGCUGCCGAGCGGUGGUGGGAGCAGACGGACCUGACCAAACUCAUCCUCUCCAACAACAAGCUCCAGGCACUCACAGACGAUGUGCGGCUGCUGCCCGCGCUGACCGUCCUCGAUAUACAUGAUAAUCAGCUGACAACCCUUCCUUCUGCUAUAAGAGAGUUAGAAAAUCUUCAGAAACUUAAUGUCAGCCAUAAUAAAUUGAAAGUACUUCCCGAAGAAAUUACGAUUCUGAGAAACCUGAAGGGCCUGUAUCUCCAGCAUAAUGAACUAACUUGCCUACCAGAGGGGUUUGACCAGCUGCACAGUUUAGAAGAUCUAGAUCUCUCGGACAAUCGUCUUAUAGCUGUUCCUGCUAGUUUCUCUUCUCUGUGCAGUCUAGUGCGACUCAAUCUUUCCAGCAAUCAGCUGAAGACCUUGCCUGCGGAAAUAAGCAGAAUGAAAAAAUUAAAGCAUUUGGAUUGUAAUUCAAAUCUCUUGGAAACAAUACCUCCUGAAUUGGCUAGUAUGGAGUCACUAGAAUUGCUUUAUUUGCGGAGGAAUAAACUACGGUUUCUGCCAGAAUUUCCUUCUUGUAAGCUCUUAAAGGAGCUUCAUGUGGGUGAAAACCAGAUUGAAACGUUAGGGCCAGAGCAUCUUAAACACCUGAGCUCUAUCCUGGUGCUAGACCUGCGGGAUAACAAGUUAAAGUCUCUUCCGGAUGAAAUUGCCCUCCUGCAGUCGUUGGAGAGACUGGACUUAAGCAACAAUGAUAUUAGUGGUCUGCCCUACACAUUGGGAAAUCUUCAUUUGAAAUUCUUGGCACUAGAAGGAAAUCCUCUGAGAACCAUUCGAAGAGAAAUUAUAAAUAAGGGAACCCAAGAAGUUCUAAAAUAUCUGCGGAGCAAGAUCAUAGAUGACGGGCCUCGCCAAAGUGACUCUGGUACAGACACAGCCAUGACGCUCCCCAGUGAGUCCAGAGUCAAUGUCCACGCCAUUGUCACAUUAAAACUAUUAGACUACAGUGAUAAACAAGCAACUUCGAUUCCUGAUGAGGUAUUUGAUGCAGUGAAAAGCAAUGUUAUCACUUCCGUGAACUUCAGUAAGAAUCAGCUUUGUGACAUUCCCAAGAGGAUUGUAGAACUGAAGGAAACUGUUUCCGAUGUCAAUCUCAGUUUUAAUAAGCUUUCCCUUGUGCCCUCGGAGUUGUGUAUGCUUCAGAAACUGACUUUUUUAGAUCUCAGGAAUAAUAUUUUAAGUUCGUUGCCUGAAGAAAUGGACACGUUGAUAAGAUUACAAACAAUCAAUCUUUCUUUUAAUAGGUUUAAAAUACUACCGGACGUUCUGUAUCGCAUCCCUGCACUGGAAACAAUUUUGAUCAGUAAUAAUCAGGUUGGAUCUAUAGACCCUCAAAAGCUGAAGGCAAUGGAAAAUCUGAUUACUUUGGACCUUCAGAACAAUGACCUCCUGCAAAUCCCACCAGAGCUUGGCAACUGUGUGAACUUAAGAACAUUGCUCCUGGAUGGAAACCCGUUCCGCGUUCCCCGGGCGGCCGUGUUGAUGAAGGGAACCGCCGCGGUGCUGGAGUAUCUGCGAGACCGGAUCCCGACCUAGCGGGCCAGCGCCUGGGCAACACCUGGGGCUGGUUCGUUCUGGGAGUCACCUGGCUCGUGUUCAUUCUUCACCUUCGUACCUUUCCCUAAGUGUAUGUUUACAGUGUGCAGACGGUGUAGACUGUUCGGGUGUCUGUUCAAAUCCUGGCACACGAUCCACUCACCUCUCUCUCCUUCCCACGUUACACAGCAGUUUCCUCCACAGCCAAUUUGUAACUAAUGUCAGUUCAUAUUUUUAUGACGACAGCGCCUUUUUUGGAAAUGGUUUUUCCUCCACAUCUGUCUGUGUUACGUCGAAUGUGAUCAGUUGACUUGAAUAUGACCAUCCAUUUUGCCUUUUCAUUACUUAUAAAUUUGACUUGAAAUGUAUUCAGUACUGUACUGUGACGCUCAGACAAUGAGACUUUGGGCUGGAGAGAUACAGUGGGUUAGGCCCCGCCUCACCUCUUGCCAGGCGGGUUCCGUCCCCAGCACUGCGUGUGGCUCCCUGAGGACAGACUUCAGUGUCAGCCCUGAGAACAGCAGGAUCUAGCCCAGCAUAAAUGAAUUAAUAAAUAAAAUAAAAAAUAAGACUUUGUUUUAUCCACGAAAAUACUUUCUUUUUUUGGAGGGGGGGUUUGGCUUUUUGGGUCACACCUGGCGAUGGAUGCUCAGGGGUUACUCUUGGCUUUGCACUCAGGAAUUACUCCUGGCGGUGCUCGGUGGGCCAUAUGGGAUGCUGGGAAUCGAACCUGGGUCAGCUGCGGCGUGCAAGGCAAAUGCCCUACCCGCUGUGCUACCACUCCAGCCCCAAGAACUUUCUUAUUAUGGUUAGCCUCAGUGUAUGUUUUUAGUUAACGUUCCCUGCCUCCUUCUUAUUUUAAUUUAGUUGAAACAUAUCUAGCCUUUCCAUCAUGUCGUAUGAAAUAAUUUUAUUAUAGUUUCUGAUACCACAAAAACGCUUCACAGAAAACAGUUGAUGAAAACAAUAAAGUGUUGAAUGCUUA